UUCGAGACUAGCGCACUCUGGCAGUGAUUAUUACGAGGUUAGACAUAGCUGCAUGCUUCUGAGUUUCCUGAGGAUCUUGUGUAAAAAAAAAAAAGUUCUUAUAUGAUCAUAAAGAGAAAGCUAUUGCUGCCAUGGUUUGUGAUCUGUUAUAGUCAAAACAAGAGGAUAACAUUAUAAAUUCAUAAGUACUUUUAAUUUCCAUCUCUGCAUCUAUAUUGCUUAGGAUCUCUAUAUUGGAAGGACUUGUCUCUGGAUACAUUUUGACUUGGAAUUGUCCAAUUUGUAGUUAUAAUCAGCAGUAAAAAAAAAAUCUCAGUGUGACUACAUUAGUUUGUCCUGUGAAACUAAUGGAGCGUCUUACUGCAAGGUCCCAACGCGUUGGACCAAAAGUACACAAGAAUCUAAGACUUGAAAAGAAAUGGGGAACGAAAUAUCACAAAGCAAUACAAGAGAUUGUAUUUGGGAAGCAACAUUUACCUUAUAUGCCAACAGAACCACCGGCAUCCUUGAGUGAAGAGAUUGUAGAAUCGGAUCCAUUAUAUGUAUGCAGACACUGCAGAGAUUGUUUUCGUUUUCAAAGUAGUUUCGAAGAUCACAACACACGACGCAGUUGGAUCUUAGGACUCUGGUGUUACGCGUGUUUCGAAACAGUAUGUACUCAUUUAACCGAGGCAGGUUCUACAUGCAUACAAUGUCUUCAAUGCAUGAAAAAAAGUAAUGAAAAACGCAUAUAUUUGCGAGAAAGAGGUUUGCGUAGGGGCCAAAAGCUAGGAGUUGUUAAAGUAUUCUACAACCAGUGCCAAUUUAUCGAACAUUUAAAAAUGCAUCAUUUAAGUACUGUAAAUUUGGGUGAUUUGAUGUUAAUGCCUCUACCUAUUGGCAUGAGCGCCAAUGAUUGGAGUUCUGAAGUUGAAAUAAUAUGCGAAGCACUUAUGGAACGAACAUUUUUGAUACGUACGCAUAUUAUAGAUUGGUUAAAGACGUAUGAUCUGCAAGAUGACUGGUGGAAAUUGGCCAAUGGGAAAAGUUCUAACCGAAUAAUAAAUAAAGCUGUCAAUGGUUAUCAAGGUCGAGAGUUAUUUAAAACUUAUGAAAAACCAAUGGCAGAUAAAUUCAUGAAUUUCAACCCUGAUUUAUAUAUCAUAAAGCCAGAUAUUAUAUAUGAAAAAGCUAGAAAAAAUUUUGGAACUCAAUCAAAUAUGAAUAAUAAUUCCAAAGAUGAAAAUGACAUAAAUAAUUGUUCAACUAAUGUAAUCUCAGAUAAGGAUGUAGUGGAAGAUGAAGAUAAUCCAUGUACACCAAAUGACAUUACUUUUGUAGAUUGCGGUCCUACUUCACAAUGUUUUGAACCAGAAAUACCAAUGAAUUAUAGACUUAAAAACCAAUCAGUUUUAAAAAAGUUAUCACAAGAAAUAGAAGAUUGUCGCUUAGCUAAUGUAGUUAGAAUGAAUAAUGAAACAAAAAGUGAAUCUUUUAAAGAUCACAAUUCGCUUGAAAUAGAUAUAAUUCAUGAAAAUAUCACUAUAAACAAUGAUGACAACGGUUCUAAUAAAAAUUUUGUUUGUGUUAAACAGUCACGUAAAGAUUCUGUGCAACAAUGUAAAUUAACACAACCUUUUAUAAACAAAGUUACAGAGAAUAAUCUUAGCAAAUCCACAAAUCCAAAAAUUGGAAUUAAUAAAAUGGUGGACAACUCAAUUAAAAUUAGUAUUCCAUUUUCUGCUAAUAAAAAUACAAUAAUAAAUACUAGUUCAGAGCAAAGUCUUCAGACAUCAAUGACAUCAAAUUCCAAGAUACUAACUAUCCAAGGUCCAAAUAAUAUUGCAUCGAUAAUUAGUCAGAUUUCACCUCAUUUUAUUUCUAACAAGAAAAUAGUUGUUAUUGAACAAGAUUCAGGUAACAUAAUUACCUGCAACAAAAAUGAAUUGACUACCAAGAAAGAUGUAAAUAAUUUGAUAGUAGAAGAUGACAGUAUAGAUUUCAAUAUAUCAACACAGAAGAAUGAUUUUAAUAUAAAAAAACAAGAAGUCACCGGAAAAAUUGUGAUGAAAGAUGGAAAGAAGUACCUCAUUAAACGUACAAAAAAUAUUACAAAAAAUCCCAAAAACUCUUCUAAUUUGUCAAUUGUCAAAAAUACCAUAAAAAUUCCAGAACAAUUAAUAUCCGAAAGUAAUACUAAUACUUCAACAUCAAGAGUAACGCUCAAUAAUUCUAAUGAAAUUGAAAAUAUUGGCAUCGAGCAAGCGGUUUUUUCCCACAACAAUAUGUCUGUUUUACCUUCACCAUCUACUUUUAAAUUAUCUAGCAGUUCUAGUUGCGAAUCUAACGUUAAGAAAACUUUGGCGAUGCCAAAAUUACAAAAAGUACCUCCACAUUUAAUUUCGAUAUCCUCCAUUAAACCUCAAAAAAAUGCAUUUGAAACAAUAUCAUUGAUCAAAGAGGACAAUGGAAAUCUUUAUAUGGAUAUAAAAGUAAUGCAUCGUGUUGUAAAAGACAGCUUCAUAAGAUCAAAUUACAAAAGAGAUAUGUGUGACAUAGUAAUAAAAGGUAGACGGGAAAUGUUUGAUGAACUCUAUCAAUUGAAUAGUUUAGAAUUGAAAAAGCGGCUUGAACAUUUAGAAUAUGUUAACACAGAAAUGAGACAAGUUUUGAAUUUUAUGUCAGACACUGUUUUUCAAGAAAAAAUAAGGUCUUUUAAUACUAUAAAAUGCAUAUUAGAAGAAUGUAUUCUUAAGCAUAAUCAAGAUGUACAGCAAACAAAAGACGACGAUGUUAUGUUAAAUGAAUGGGAAAUGAAAAUGGAUUCAAUAUACAAAUGCUCAUCAUGUGAUAAACUUAUGAAACCUAAAUCGUAUAUACCUGGAUUUUCAAAAUUACCCAAAUAUGACAAUGCAUAUUGUUCUUGUUACAAACAAGUUUGUCACCAAUGUCUAUCAUAUCAAGGCACUACAUCACGAUUUAUUGCGCAUCAAAACUUUCACAGGAAAGAUGAACCUUACGUUUGUCCAGAUUGCGAGAAAAAAUUCGAAUCUGCUAAAUCUUUAGAAGUUCACACAUGGUCUGUUUGCUUUCAUACAUUAAAAAGGAUUGUAUUUGCUUGUAAAAUUUGCGAAAUAGAUGGUUUUAGAGAUAUGGAGUCGGUCACUAGACAUUUUGUUGCUAUGCACAGCAUUAUAAAAAUUGGUUGCGAAGUUUGUUCUCGGGUAUUUUCUUCAUAUAGCGAAUAUACAAAACAUUGCACAGAGGCGCACUCGUCUAAGGUGGAGCAAAAUCCAAUACGACUAGUGAUAUGUAAAAUAAGCAAUGUAACCCUACGUUGUGAGAAAUACAUGUCAUAUUUGGAGAAGUAUCCUAUAAUUCGAAAAUUAGUAUGGUUCAAAUGUCCUUUUUGUCAAUUGAUAACUACAGAGCAUAAACAUAUUACGAUGUUACUAAACAACCAUUUACGUAGCAAUCAUCUUGAUUGUUUAUCGAGGACUCUUAGCAAAGAAAUCUUUAUUGAAAUUUUCGGUAUAGAACGUCGAAAAACUAAUGUAAAUACGAUUUCCAAAAAUCAUGCUGACAAAGUUGCAACACAAUUGCCAAGCGCGGACGGUACCAUAGUACCUAAAAUCGUGAAUACUCGAACUAUCAGCUCAGAAAUAUUUGAACGAGGUUCUCAAGAUACGGAACAUACAUGGUCUACGAAUUCUGACGGAAUCAAUAAUGUAAGUCUACAAACAACGGAAAAAAUUGGUGAUAAGGACAAAACAGAAUUAUUGCCAAAAAUAAUCAAAGUUAGAUCGAUAAAUGAGUUAAAAUUACUUAAUCCUAAGGAAUCGAUUACGAAAUUUUCAACUGAAACGAAAAAGAAAUCUAAUUUCCCGUCUCUUCAAGCUAUAGAAACUAAUGAUAGAAAAAUGGAUCUGUGUGCACGUGAACAACAAACGGGAUUAGAUAAUAAUAAAUCUGAUAGCAAGGAAGAGACAGCAAAGACAAAAGAAUUCGAUAAAAGUAAUAAGGAAUUGACAAUAGAUACUUCAUGUAUUUCUGAAUCUUCGUUAAUGGACGCAGUGGACGUAAUUCGUGUAGAUUCGUCAACUAAAUCGAGUAAAGAAACUUCGAAUUCCGCAUCAGGUACAAAUGGACGUAUAAAAAUAGUUGAUUUUAGAAAAAUAUGUAAACCGGAUCUUAAAUUUAUGAUCGACGAAACAUGUGAUACAGAGAUGAAAGAUGAAAGUACAAACAAUUUGGCAUCUAUACCAAAACCUCCUCCGCUUACCAGGAUCCCACAGCAUCUGCUUACAUCUAUGAAAAUUUACCCAUUAAAUAACAAGUCAGAAGUUUCACAAAAGCCGAAAUCGAAGAGGUCUGUCGUUCGAAGAGUGGUUAAUAAGUCAAAAGAGCGUAUUGCUCUAGGAACAGAUACGCAAAAAGAGGAAAGUGUUGAUUACCUAUGCCACUUGUGCGAUGAACGGAUUAACUCUUCUCAGUCUGUGGUACAAGCACACUUUCGUGAGAAGCAUUCAAACGAAUACAAAUUGGCGAUAAUUACACCGCGAUUGUCGCGAAUAUCGCACGAUUUUAUUAACGGCGGUUACAAGCAACUUAUCAGCAAUAAAAAACGGAAAUUGGACAGCAGUGUAUUUGUGUCUAAGAGAAAGCGUCGAUGGACGCCAAAGAAGCAUGUAGAGAUAAAGGAGACGAAUGCACCAACAGGAUUGUGCAUUGAACAGGAAACGGCGGAAGACGGAGAAGGUAAUUUUAUAUGCAAGAAAUGUGAUCAACGAUGUACCAAUAUGUCUGAUUUGAGAGAGCACAUCGCUACGAAUCAUCGACUGAAAGGCCGUUACCUAAUAUGCCUGGAAUGUGGCGAGAAUUUUGUAGUCGCGCCCAGCUUGCAGAUGCAUCUUAAAGCUUUUCAUGGGAUAGAGGAUCCUAUCAGUUAUAUGAGUCAAAAUCCCUCCUAUGCCCCCGAUGUUGACAGUGACUCGCCAACGGGAGGGAAGACGACGGUGGCUAAUCAAUGUCACGUCUGUAUGGCAGUUUUUGAAGAUAAAGCUGCGGUAGACAAGCAUCUGAGGGUGCACGGUAUGGCCUUUUUAAAUCGUAAGAGGAUAGAGGCGAGAAACGCUCUGGAGAAAAAGACGAACCCGGAGGAUGAUAAGCCAAAUAUUAUCAAAGAUAAUCCGAAGGAGGCCGUAAAGCAGGAUAAACCCGCGGAGACAAUCCUAGAAAAAAUUAAUGCGGCAAUAUAGCUACAGAAGAUGAACCGCAUGAAGAAAAAAAAAGAAGUAAUGCUGUAAUAUAAUGGAUUCAUUAAUCUUGUACGCUCGUUUCUGUAUAUUUGCGCGCUCAACGCUUCGUUGUUAUUCCUAAAUAUUGCAUCAGUAAAUCAUAAGAUCUCUUUUUUUUCUACUACAUGUACCUUGUAAUAUAUUACUUUCCUAUGUAAUACUAGCGGAUCUAAGCGGACAGAAAAUCAUUUAUUAUUCAUUAAUAUGUAAAAAUGCAAAAA